AUGGCAUACACUAAUGUGCACCGGGCAUUUUUGCAAUCUUGCUCAAACCAUGGCACAGUUAAUAAGCAGAACGCACUCGACAUUCUGACGAGCAUUUACACUCGAUACGGCAACAGCGACACCAUCCCGACCGAUGACGAUGUCGUCGAUGUGGUGGCGAAAAUCAAUGAAGCCAUCUAUCCAUUCGAUCAAAGGAUAGCAUACUUGCACUUCGAUCCGCUGGACAAUGAUUUCUACGUGUUUGUAAAUCUGCAAGAGUCUCCGAUAGAUCUGCAACAAAAUGUUUACACACCACAGGAACUUCACUACUUCCGAGUACUGUUGCGUGAGCUGACGCACAGCGAUGACCAUACAUUGACGACGAUUGCGUGUCUUAAUCUUACGAACGAUACGCCGGGUGAAACAGUAAAACCCUUGCCAAAGACACGGGCCGAACAGUUGCUCAAUGAGUGGGAGGAAUUGGGUUACUUUGUUCUGCUGCAAGAAAAGUUUCAUUUCGGACCGAAAUCGGUGGUGGAGUUUGAGAAGUAUCUCAGCAAAAACUAUAGUGAUAUCAUGACGCGCUGCCUCCUGUGCAAUGUGACAAUAUUCUAUGGUGUCCGUUGUGCUUCAUGUACGCAGAUACUACACAAGGACUGUUUGAAGAAGUACCUCCGGCAACUUACGUCCUGUCCAUCAUGCGAGGAACUGUGGAGUGUGCCAUUAUCAUAAACUUCGAU